AUGGCACCGCACGCUUCAGAUAGCCGACACGAGAUUCCCACAGCAAAUGGGACGAGUACAGACGGAUCUAGUACAAACGCCAAUGGUACCGAUGUAGCCCCAGUCAUUAUAGUGGGCGCUGGGCCAGUCGGCCUCCUCCUUGCUCUUCGCCUUGCCAUGAAUCAGAUCCGCACUGUCGUCUUAGAAAAAGAACCCUGGCUUAAUCCACUGCCGCGCGCUAUAGGGUAUCACGGGCCGGUACACAAUGUCUUCGAGGAGAUCGGACUCUACGACCAAAUUGCGGCAGAGGGGAUGGCUUCAGGAGGCUAUGCGUGGCGCAAGCUUCCUACUGACAAUUCGAUGGGAAAGCCCGGCCCCGAUGGGAAGUUUACGCCGGGCCAUUAUUCAAUCCAGCUUGCUCAAUGUCGGCUCGCUGAGAUCUUCCUGGAGAAUGCGACAAAGACCGGGUUUACUAAGGUUCUCUGGGAACAUGAAGUUACCGGCUUGUCGCAGGACGAGCAUCAAGUAUCAGUCAAGGUAGCAACGGCGAGCGGAGGAGAAAAAGUUAUCAGGGGUCAAUAUCUUGCCGCCUGCGACGGUAGUCGAUCUACAGUCCGUAAACUCCUUGGAAUCCGCCUCUCGGGUCAUUCCUGGCCCGAGCGCUUUCUAGCGACCGACGUGCUGCGUGUUGCGCCAGUCGUCCCUGAUUUUUCUGUCCAUUUUACUGUUGAUGAGACAUUUUGGGGUGUGGUGACGCCGCUGGAACACGUCGAAGCCGGAAAGCAAGGGCUCUGGAGAUAUAGCUUGGCCGUGCCAGAAAAACCUAAUGAUGAUAUAAACAGUGCCCCUUUAACCGAUGAGCAGGUCCUUGAGCCGGAGUAUGUCGAUUCGCUUCUCUUGCGACAGAUUGAUGGACCCAGACCGAGCAGUCAUGUCGUAGUGCGCAAGAGCCUCUACAAGAUGCACCAGUUACUUGCCAGCACCAUGCAUCGUGGUCGCUGUUUUCUUGCAGGAGACUCGGCGCAUAUCAACAACCCCAUUGGCGGUUUAGGCCUAUGCACCGGUCUUCUGGAUGGAGAUGCAUUGGCCCGGACUCUCCAGAUUGCUUUUUCGACAUCCCCGUCCGAUCCGAACCUGGAACCCCUAUUCAACCGCUAUUCUACAGAGCGAAGAUGGGUCUUUCAGAAUGUCAUUCAUCCUUUCAGUAGCGCCAAUAAGAUCCGUCUUCACGGUGCCAAGCCAGACGAUGUAGUAAGAGAGGAUUGGUACUUUACGGCAUUAGCUCGUGGAGAUCCCAAAGAACUCCAAGAUAUUCAUCGACCACUCUAUGCGCAAUGGAGGACGGACAUGCGGAAAUUCUGGCCUGCAGGGACGGAUGUUAAAGAACCUAAAGCACCCUAA